AUAUUUCCAAAGUUAUAUACUAUAUUUGAUCUUCUCAACUCUUUCUCUCUUCUCACAAAUGGCGUCUACGCAAUAUGGGUUUGAUCAUCAAGGCGGCGUGGAGAUUAUCAACGAUGAGCUUAUCAUGUCCUUUUUGGAAGAAGAAUCCCCCGUCGAAAAUCAUAGUAGCAUCAACAAAGAGGAAGAAGAGAAACUAAACCGUGUGAUUAGAUCGCUAGAAGUGGAGAUCAACAUGAGUUCUCCGACCAUAGAAGCUAGGAAAAUGGAUAUGCAACAGACGAUAACCGGUCUCGAAGAUGAUUUCGGGUGGCUUAACGACUUUGAUAUUGGUAUGAUUUCGUUGCAAAAUGAUGAUGAGAUGAUGAAUUGGUGUACGGAACUUUCUUACAUGGAUGGUGUGGUAGAUAGUAGUCUUCUUGAGAUUGAAGGUGGUGAUUAUUAUUCUCAUAUUAACUAUGGACUCACAUUUGAGGAACCAACACUUUCUCUAUGGCAAGAGAAUAAUGAUGUAGUUUUGUAUUGAUUGAUUUCGUGAAGUCAUAGUAUAACAAAGGCUGUUUCGUAAU